CAUGGGGUUUUGCUCUUCGGUUUUGUUUCUAUUUGAUCGGGAAGGGAGAGGGGGGGAAGCUAAUACCCAGCUUUGCUGAUUGAAGGCAGCUGACUCUGUGUUGGUUGGAAAGGGUCAUCCUAGAAUACGAAGGUGCAAACUUCUAAAAUUCAAAAUUAUUCACUCCUGUUGGUUUUUUUUUUUUUAAAAAUUUGCAUAGAAAUGCUAGUGCAUAAAUGGGAACAAAAGGCAGCUAAAACCUCGCUGAUGUGACAGGAUGGGUAGCAUGGGCUCACACUUGAUGCAGCGAGCACAGAAAAAUUUCACAAGUUCGUCACUGGUGUGUGGCUGGAGACAAGUUUGCUGCAUGGCUGGACUGACUUCAGUGUGAAGUUUGGAGGUGUUUCUGCUAUUAAAUAUUAAUUACAAAGACCCUGUUGAAGACAACAAUGAUGGUGGCUAGACAAGUGAACAAAAAUAAAUAAACUGCUGCACCCAUAAAGUUUUCAGUGGCUGUACCCACUGUUUAUUAAGGUAGAAAAUCUAACUUGGAGCCUCUUCUAGUGGAACAGAGAUGUGACUUAACUGUGCUGUCUUAAAUUGCUGUAGAAAUGUUGUUAGAAGCAAGAUGUUUGGUGCCAAAUGCUGCCCACUGUGGUAGUCAGGACACACUACCUGAGCCUGGCCAAACUGGACUAAUGACUACUGGAAAAAAAUCAGAACAGUAAUUACCCAAAGGCUGGGGAGAAAUAUGUGGAAAUUCCUGAAUUCUAGUGUCUGAAAUACUGUAAACACUGGGCUACUGCAUCUAUUGUUUGUUUCUACAGCAACCAAAACAAGUUAAGUUCUUUACAUAUGAAAACAAGUGAGAUCCAUGCCCUAAAGAACUUGCAAUCUAAAUACUAAUCCUAAUUGAGGGCCUCAUCUAACACCUAUCAAACUGGAUGUUUUUGACAACAUUGAGCUUUUUCCAUUGAUGGUAAUGCAGGUGGAACUGAUGCACUGGAGCGCCAAAGAAAAAAUCUCCACCUCUCUGAAGCAAAGGCGUAUGUAAGAAAACAUCCCUUUGGAAGCGUACAGUUUUUCAGCUAAAGAUGGUGCAAAGGAAAAAAUCUGCUCUGCAGGUGGUGUCCUUUAAAAGCUUCUGCAUUCUUUCACUCCUAGCAAAAUGGCUUUUAAAAACAGAUGACUUGUGAAUCUGUGCACAUAGCUGACAUUACAAGGAUAUUGUACAAAAGGCCACAUGCAUUCCAACAGACAUCUCUUGUGAAAGGGAGAUUCUAUGCUUUCAAAUGAAAAGAACAUCCUAAAAACACUGAUCCUUAAGCGGAACAAGUAUUAAAGGGACCGCAUCAGAAUGUUUAUUAGUGCCAGGAAAGUCAGAAAAUGCCAAUUUGUGCAGAUACUUGCCACUUGCUUUGUACUGUCUCUCAUGAUUUUCUGGACACCACUUGAUAAUCAUAUUGUGAGCCAUAUGAAGUCCUAUUCUUACAGAUACCUCAUAAAUAGCUACACCUUUGUGAAUGAUAGCCUGUCCCUUAGCAGGGAAAACCUGGACAGGGUAGCAAGAUACCGAUAUUUGAUCAACCACAAGGAAAAAUGUCAACAGCAAGAGGUCCUCCUUCUAUUGUUUGUAAAGACUUCUCCAGAAAACCGGCAUCGGCGAGAUGCAAUUCGACAAACCUGGGGUAAUGAAAAAUAUGUAUAUUCUCAUCUUCAUGCCAACAUUAAAACUGUUUUUGCUUUAGGACGACCAACAGAUCAUAUGCAGAGAGCACAGAUGCAAAGAAAACUUCUAAUGGAAGACCAGAAAUAUAAUGAUUUGAUCCAACAAGACUUCUUGGAUACUUUUCACAAUCUCACCCUUAAGUUACUUUUGCAGUUUGGAUGGGUGAAUGCAUACUGCCCACAUGCCAAGUUCAUUAUGUCCGCAGAUGAUGAUAUUUUUAUUCACAUGCCAAAUCUUGUUGCAUAUCUCCAAAGUCUAGUGGAAAUUGGCGCUCAAGAUAUCUGGAUUGGGCGUGUCCAUCGUGGAGCUCCUCCCGUGAGAGAUAAGACUAGCAAAUACUACGUUCCGUAUGAAAUGUACCAGUGGCCUUCUUAUCCUGACUACACAGCUGGAGCCGCAUAUGUAAUAUCAAGUGAUGUAGCAGCUAAAGUAUAUGAGGCAUCACAGACCCUUAAUACAAGUCUUUAUAUAGAUGAUGUUUUCAUGGGUCUCUGUGCCAAUAAAAUGGGAAUUGUACCACAAUAUCAUGUAUUCUUUUCUGGGGAAGGAAAGGCUCCAUAUCAUCCCUGCAUCUAUAACAAAAUGAUAACCUCUCAUGGACAUGUAGAAGACCUUCAUCACCUUUGGAAGCAGGCAACAGAUCCAAAAGUCAAAAGCUUUUCCUCUAGAUUUUUGGGUAGACUAUAUUGCAAAAUAAUUAACAUUAUGCUUCUUUGCAAACUACACUAUGAGGACACAUAUCCCUGUUCAGCUGCAUUUUCCUAAUACUUGAAUAUCUGCAUAGAGUUUCACUGAGCCAAAAUGGAGUGACAACUUUUUAAUGGUUUAUCCAAAAUAUACAUAAAGUAAACAUGAAAAGAGGUAAGAUUAAAAUGUGAAUAGCUUUUAGGUCCCAAAUUAUUCUGCUCAGGAACUUUAUCAGAAUAACUCUCUAUUGCUGUAUUAGUUUCCACAUACUGCACUCUGUAUUUUUUACACUCCUUUUCAAGGGAUUUAAAUCUUGAAUAGAUAUUGACUGACUUCAUUUUUUAGAUAUUGAAAAGCCUGUGAAAAGUAAUUGAACUUGGGAGUACAGAAUUUGUCAAUAACCCUUGUUAAUUGCAUUCUUCCAUUUGAAAACCAGUGUGUAAAUUAAGGCACAUCACUUCAAGGCAACAGCUUGCAGUUGAUGCACCACUUAAACAUCCAUAAAUAGCACUUUCCAAACAAAAGGAAAUGAUAGUUCUGGUACCAUGAGUAGAAGGGUAUGAUGGCAAUUUAAAGUCUGAGUAAACUAGUCAAAUGGUCACCAUUUCUGAAUACAAUUCAGCAAAGUGACUCUUUAAAAAUCAAAAUAAGCCACAACUGGUGCUAGAGGUGAAAGCUUGCUAAAACAUUUUGUUCUCUUGAGAUUACCUAAAUCCUGCACAACAUUUGGGUGGGGGAAAUGGCAUUCACGCUGUCCUUCUAACUGGUGCUUUCAGGUAAUACACAAGCUCUGUUUAGAACGGGAAGGUACAUUCAUAACUUCUGCCACACUGCUUCAACUACAGCAAUAUUUUGAAAAUGAAGUAACUUUUUUUUUUUAAUCUGAAAACACUUUCUGAAGUGGUAUUUUUAAACAUUCCAAUCAGUCAUUGGUAAACUAAGAGCACAUGUAUCGAGGAUGGCCUUCCAGCUGUAUCUUUCAAAAAUACACUUCUGUCUCCCUAGUUGUCUUCCCUCUUGAAAAUUAAAUUAAACUUCUCCCAUUAAAUAAUUCAAGGGAAGUCUGUCAUAAUAUAGUUAAUUCAGAUUAUUCAAAAAGUUGAAGCCAAAUUUAUCCAAACUUGAGCACUAACAGAGAAAGAUGUGAGGAGCUGAAAGUCAGGGUAGACUGCACAAAGAAGGGAUAAGGUGAAAAUAGUGACAGUAACAUGUAAAGAUGCAACAUUUAUUAAGAGAAUUACAAAGAAUCCACUAAAUUGUCCUCUCUUAAUCUAAUUGGUUUCAAGCCAAUCUUUGUCUUAUGGCAAUGGGAAGAAGUCAGUGUCAAAAUAGAAAAUCUGUAUCUUCAACCAAAUCUAUUUCAUAUGUUACUCUUGCCUCUUUAACAUGAGCAAAUAGCUUAACCUGCCGUUUUGCAAAGGCUAGAAGUAGGUGCUAUUAAGACCCGGACCACCACCACCACCGCUUGUAAUCUGAUAGUUCAUAACCAGGUCCAAAACUCUAAAGUCCAGUUCUGGGAGAAGGACUCCACACUCUGUUAUUAGUCUUGUUGUAACAAUGUUUCUGUGUACUUUGUGGACAGGUAUUUGUUAGUAACUCUAGUAGCCAAAGCCAUGGUAGCUGCUUGGAUACUGGUAGAUGUGGAUGCAAAUGGUGUUUGUCUCUUAUUUUGAGAGCUGUUUGACAUUGGUAUGAGUUCCAGUGUGAACAGGGUCAUAAAAUCACUUCAGAAUGCUUGAAUUCAAAUCUUCACCCAGUGGCAUAGCAGUAGAAAUGCAAAACAAAGGCUGGAAAUGACAAGGAGUCUGUCACUUUUAGUGGAGCUUUGUCAUGUUCUAGGAGGUGGGCUCUUCAACUCCAAGAGAGGUGCUAUUUGCUUUCUAAGAGAAUAUCCACAGUAGCCUUUUUCCCUAAAUUUCCCAGCACCGACACCACCACUGCUGUAGAUGACCAUGUGGUAGCACUAAAGUAGACCAGUCAUCGUAUUUAACUCUAACUUUGCUCAGAGCAGGUCUAGAUGAUCUGCUCAUUUUACAAUGCAGGCAGCUGCGUGUACCUUCUUGUUUAAGCUAGUGCUUCCUCUAUUGCAACCAUCUGUAGGGCUGCAUCAGUGGUAGUACGCAGGCAUCUUGGGGGGGAAAAAAGGCUAGUGUCAACAAGAUCCAGGAGAGAACUCUCAUCUGGUUAUUGGGGCAUGAUUGAUAUUUGCCUCUCUGCAAGCCACUCUUCCAGCUGGGAUAAGAGCUUGAUAUCUACUAGAAUGAGUAAUCAUACAGAUUAGGUGUUUCUCUGGAGUGAAGGUGUAAGGAAACCACUGGACUGAGCACAGUUGGAUCCAGGUGUUGACUACACAGAGAAACCUACGAAGCGAGACUUAGUCCAUUACCACAAUGCAAAAGUGAUGGCUGAAAAAUGAGAAAAUUAUCCCAUCCUGCUGGAUAAUGUUGUAUAAUUCUGCAGCUCUAAAAUGUUUACAGCAAAACAUAUCCAGUUAAUCCAUGCUCUUUAAUUAGAAAAGAGGUUGAUAUACACUACUCAAAACUAGCUUUGCUUAACCAGUGUUGAAUUUAUAAUGGCAAAAUAACUAAAAUAUUACAAGUUAUAGAUCUAAAUUCCUGAGAAAUCUAAAAAUACAUUGCACUGUGGAAAUACUUUUAUAACUGGCGGAAAUUUUUUUGAUUUGCACUAGCCACUUUGAAUUGAAAAUAACCUGUGGCAGAAAUGACAUAAUAGAAAUCCCAGCUAGUAUAAAAUAGUUAAAAUGCAGUAUGCUUUUAGAUGUAUACAAUUAAGGCCGUGAUCCCGCAAGCAAAUGUAGUGAUAACUUGACUCAUGUGAGUCAAGUUAAGCAUAUACUUACAUGUUUGUAGGAUUGGGGCAUAAGUUAGCAUCUAUAACUUGUAAUUUUAUUUAAAAACUUAAUUUGCCAUUGGGUGAAAAGAUCCAAUGUCCCUCUUGACCAUUGAAAUGCUUUUGUUUACAGGAGGUCUGUUUUGUUAGGAAUAUUCCUUAUCUUAAAAAGGACUUUGAUGUUUGUAAUUUGGCUUUUUAUUAUGAUUUUUUGCUGCAGUUUAAGAGAAAGGGUUUAUAAAUUUGAAGAAAAUAUGAUGGCACUCCUUUCAAAGAAUGGAGAAGCUAGAAAAUUUCUUAACCUUUUGGCUCUAAACAUUGACUUAAAAUUCGUACUCCUUCGUUUAGUUUUGUUUUUUUGUUUUGAGAGAGAGAGAGAGGCAUGUCGGUGCUCCAAUGCAGGGCUUUCAUGUUUUAUUUUCACAAUUAAAACAUGCAACAGCCUGAAUGGUCACUUCUCAAUUAGCAUUUUUGACAUUGUUGCACAAAAUGUUUAAUGCUGAAAUUGUUUUUACCUGUUUGUUGGUUUGCAUCAAGUUUCCUUUGAUAUUACUAAUUUUUAUACAAAGAAUUAAAUAUUUAUUCUUGAAACCUUUUGCUCUAUCACAAAAGACAAUUGUUUUGUAAAACUUUUCUGUUUUGAAUAAACAGGGUUUGUGUAUAUAUAGAUAUUUUUUUAAACUGGUAAACCUUUUUGCCUUUCAGAAUUUCACUACUUGUACCUGACAUCAACCGCUUUGGUGCUUAACAUUGAAUUCUGAAUACACUGUUUAGUCCCUUCUUCAGAGAAGACUUGAAUCCCACAUUACAAGUGCCUGUAAUUUUCAAAGGUUGGUUGUUGACCACACUAACUUGAGAGGUGAACAGAAGUCAACUGAAAAUUCCCCAACCAUCUUUUGCCCACAGCCCAGCAUAAGCCAGUUGUUUAAAGGUCACACUAAAGGAGACGUCAAACAAUAAUCCCUGACACUGAGGCAGAACACCUACAAACCAAGGUACAGAGAGCUUAUACAGAGCCAUUGGCAAGUCAGCAAGCCAGCCAGCAGGAGUUUUGCCAGACGCUUCAGUGGGAACCAAGAUUUGUCCCUAUGUAUUUAAUGUAACCUGAAGGAUAAACUGAAAUGCAAGGAAACACGUUCUAUGCACUGUUCUACCCACUCUCAGAAGGAAUACUGGAUAUAUUUCCCAUAGGCACAUUUUGACUCUAUGUUAUGGCUCGCUCUCUCAGAACACAAUCCCUCAACAGCAGAAAAACCUAGGCAUAACUGGGAUUUCACAGCAUUGCUAGUUUCCAGGGCCAUCCCAGACAACGCUGCUUCACCCCAGUUGGGACAAGCUGAAGUGGCUGCAUGAUGUUUAGUGCUUCACUUCCACUGCAGCAUGGUGUGCAUUACAAGCUGCUGCACAGUGACUGUCAGCUCCAUGACACUAAACAGAGCCCUUUGGGGGGAUCAGGGAGGACAUAUCCAUCUUGACUGAAGCUGUGGAUGAGGCGCAUUGCAGAUUCUUCCAUACCCCUUGUGAUGCUGUAUAGAAGGGAAGGUGACCAUCUAUACUAAUAUGGUCACCGCUGUUGCAAAAUUGUGGUAAAUCUUAGACAAAGUAUGCCUUGUUAUGUAUCAUUGGAAAAGUUGUAAUCUGCUAAGUAUUAUCAUCCUGUUUAGAUGUGUGUAUCAUCAUUGUACGUGACGUUAUGAAACUUUGCUGCGUGUUUGUAACUCAAACUUGUGGUGAGACUGGGAAACACCCCCAGGUUAGCCCUUCAGGAAUAACAAAAGGAGCUGUGAACGGGAGCCUCUGCCUGUCAUUUCAGAGACAGCGUAAGCAGUACAUAGCACGCAAAAGGUGCAAACAAAAUUUGCAAUUCAUAUGAAGAACUGGUGGCCCAGCAUGUACAUCAUGAAGUUGCUUAACUCCAUAAUGCAGCCAGUAUUUUUCCAGGAGAGGGGUCAAGAUAUAAAAGACAAGAACAAAAGUUGCCCCCCUACAUCUUUCCCCCCACAUCUCUGGACUGAUGAACUUUGACAAAAUUUUGAACAAAGGAUUGAGGUCCCCAAUACUAUUCUGGCAAAUCCAGAGAUAUAAAAAUCUACCAGAUAUAACAUCCCUGUUAGCAUUUUGGAUUUACAACCUUUAAUUCACCUGUAAUGUAACUUACCAGCUUUAAACCUCUGCAUAACUCUCAUUUCUUUUCUUAGCUAAUAAACUUGAGUUAGUUACUGAAGUAAUUGGCUGGCAGCGUUGUCUUUGGUGAGAUCCUGAGCAUCUGAUGACCUGGGCUGAGUGAUCGAUCCUUUGGGAUUGGAAGAACCUAAUGUGUGGUGAUUUUGGGUUUUAAUAAUCUUUCACCACAGAAGUCUAGUUUAUCUGGGUGAUAAUAUAGGCUGGAAGGCCUAAGGGGA